CCGCGGCUGCUCCCGGGGCCGGGCGGGGAGGGGUGAGAGGAGGAGCCAGGGCGGCCCGUGCGACAAAGCCCAGUGCGCAGGGAGCCGGUGACCGGGAAGCAGAACCGCGCCGGGCAGCCGCGGGCGGACCCACCGGAGCCCGCUGCCCCACGGGGGGUGGGAGGCCCGUCCUGCCGCCCCCCCCGGCUCGGGGGUCGGGGCGGCCGCGGAGCGGAGCGGGAGGCGGCCGGGCUGCAGCUGCUAAGCCGCUUAGGGCCGGGGCUGGCAUGAGCCUCCCCGGCGGGGCGGCUGCGGGCUGCGCGCUGCGGCGGGGAGGCUGAGGGCGCGGAUCCGGAGCGGGAGGAGGCGAAGGAGGGGCCGCGCUCCCCCCGGGAAGAUGGGGAACUGCCUCAAGUCCCCCACCUCGGAUGACAUCUCGCUGCUGCACGAGUCCCAGUCGGACAGAGCUAGCUACGGAGACGGGGCUGAGCCGGAUCAGGAGCCGCCGCCGCCAUAUCAGGAGCAGGUGCCUGUUCCCGUGUACCACCCCACGCCCAGCCAGACCCGGCUGGCCACGCAGCUGACGGAGGAGGAGCAGAUCCGGAUCGCGCAGCGCAUCGGCCUCAUCCAGCACCUUCCCAAAGGCGUCUACGACCCCGGCAGGGACGGCUCCGAGAAGAAGAUCCGAGAAUGUGUCAUUUGUAUGAUGGACUUUGUUUAUGGGGACCCUAUCCGAUUUCUGCCGUGCAUGCACAUUUACCACCUGGACUGUAUAGAUGACUGGUUGAUGAGAUCCUUUACCUGUCCAUCCUGCAUGGAGCCAGUGGAUGCAGCACUGCUUUCAUCAUAUGAGACUAACUGAGCCAGGGUUUCUCUACUGAACCUUCGAGGAGACCAUCCACUUCAAUGGGUUUGAUCCUUUUGUCAUUCAGCCCAAAGAGCCAGGAAUUAGGAAUUAAGAUCAUGCACAAAGUAUACAUUUCCUAAUAAAUAAAUAAAAAAAUAUUCCUGAAUGGCUGCAAAUAUUGGAAAACAUAGUAUUUUAGAGAUUAUAGAAAAGUAGGUUGUUAUUUUUAAUGUAAAGCCUUGACCCACCAUUGUCUUUUAAUGUUUGUUCUUACACCCAUAUAUAGGAAUUGUGUAAAGUAUUACAGCAACUGUAAAUGUUUAAACUGCGUGUAUCCGAUUUUAUUAGCAGCAAGAUAAGAGUAUUUUUUUCCUAAAUAAAGUAACCAGUUUUGUUCUGAUUCUUUUCACAAGUCCUGGCAUUUGGGUCAAGGCUUUAUUGAAAUCUACAUUUUAUAACACUGGCACAAAGAAAUAGUUUUAAGCUUGUUUGCACAGUUCUUUUUCUUUUUCUUUUUUUUUUUUUCUUCCACUGGAGAUGGAAUUCAUUGCCUUAGGUCUUUUUAAUAGUGUAUUGUUAUUGUUGGGCUGGCUCUAUGCUUGAAAACCAGUUUAUUUAUAACCUGUUAAAAGUGCUAUAUUUUGUUUGCAGUUAGGAAUAUGCAGACUUCAAAGUGAUCUCCUAGCUUAUAAGCAAACUGAGAUGCAUUAUCCCUUUUCUACAAGUGAUACAGAUUAUGAAGAUAUGACACAAGUCCUGCAGUGAAACUGUGGUUUCAUGGGGUUUUUUUAUAACUUCCUUCGGUUUUGAUGAAAUAACAGUCCUUUAAUAUAUGACCUUUAACUUGAUCAGAUUAAAAGUGGGCCAGAAUGAACAAUAAAUAGUUAAGCUGCCAUAACUGAAAAAAAAAAAAAUCUGGAACUAAUGUAGUGUUAGCAUUGAUCACUUAAUCUAUUUUUUUCUCCCUAAAAUGGUUGUCUUGGAUAAUAGCAAAUGGAUACUGCAUCUCUCGUUCUUGUAGUUCUUAGGUUAUCAGAAGUUAAGAAUAAACAUACUGUAUCUCA